AUGUCUGUCGCCUCCUCCCACCACUCCCACCACUCCAAUUCUCACUUUGAGACCCUGUCGAGGUCCACCUCGCGGGGUUCCCACCUCUCGCGUGGGACCUCGGUUUCUCGUGCUCAGUCUCUGAUCAAGAAGAACACCGCCGCCCAUGAGCUCAAGCCCUCCGACAUUCUCAUCGAGCGCUUCACGGCGUGGAAGAUGAUUGUCAAGAUGCUCAUCUCAUACUUCGAGGGUGUUGCCGACAUCGAGUCCAACACCUCGAAGGAGCUCACGAAGCUUGGCUCCGUCAUCCAGGUUCCUUUCCGCCCCGGAAACCAGUUCCUCGGUGAGGGCGGCAUGCAGGAUGUCUUCUACACCAUCCGUGACAAGACCCGCGUCAUCGCCGACUCGCACGCAUCGCUCGCUCGUACCAUCGAGUCCUCGAUCGUCCAGCACCUCCAGAAGCUCCGCACCGAGAUCAAGGCUCACAUCAAGAACGUCCAGAACGACACCGGCAAGCUCGCUGCCUCUGUCGCUCGCGAGCGUGAGCUCUCGACCAAGAUGAUUGCCGACCUCGCCAAGGCGAUCGGCACCGUCAACCACACCCCCAUGCAGGUGCACGCCAAGGAGGACCCCUACGCCGUCAACGUUCAGGUCAACAAGCAGCUCCAGAAGCAGGUCCACGAGGAGAACCUUCUCCAGAAGUCGAUCGUCAUCAUGCAGCAGAACUCGGCCCACUUCGAGGAGGGUAUUGUCCGCUCGAUCCAGUCGGCCUGGGCCACCUUUGACGAGUGGCAGGCCCGCAUGUCCGUCUCCGUCCAGGAGUCGUGGCGCCAGCUCGGUGUCAACAUGGCCCAGCUCAUGCCCGACCGCGAGUGGAUCGCCUUCGCCGCCCGUUCGGACCACCUCCUCGACCCCGAGACUCCUCUCCGCAACCCCGACGCCAUCGACUACCCUGGCCGCAACGACCCCUCGGUCACCGCCGUCCACGCCGGUCUCCUCGAGCGCAAGAAGCGCUUCACCAAGUCGUACAAGGAGGGAUUCUACGUCCUCACUCCUGCCGGUUUCCUGCACGAGUACUCGUCGUCUGACCCCAACCAGUGCGCUGCCCCCAUCUGGUCUCUGUUCCUUCCUGCUUGCACUCUCGGUCCUCCUUCGUCUGCUUCUACUGCCAAGUCUCACAAGUUCCACAUCGAGGCCCGCAAGGACGGCACUUCGGCCUUCGGCAAGACUCCUGGCGGCAAGCUCUUCGGUGGCAACGAGGCUUACACCUUCCGUGCUCGCUCUCACGAGGAGAUGAUGGAGGUUUGGAACGACCUUCGCAUGCUCGUCGCCCGCUACCUCGUCGCCUCCGAGCAGAUGGAGCGCGACGGACCCAUCGCCCAGGCCGUCCGCAGCGUCGGAUACCAGUCCGAUGAGGACGAGGACUCUGAGGAGGGUUCGUCUGUCGAGGAGGACGAGGACGACUACGACGACGACCUCUACGAGGACGAGGAUGGUCGCCAGCACGACCACACCCACGAAGACAACCAGGAGGAGGUUCCCGCCUACUCGAACCCCCAGGGCAGCCAGGUCGAGGUUGGCCCCAACGGCUACGCUCUUGAGAAGAAGGACAAGGGCCGUUUCAACGAGGACCAGGGUUCCAACACCGGCAGCCACUCAAGAUCCGCGGGUGGCGCCCCCGCCGGCCCGGCUCGCCAGGACAGCACCACUGGUGAGGGAUAUGACAACAGCGGGGAGCAGCGAGUCACUGCGGUGACCACGAGCACGGGUAACGCCGGAGCCGAAGACACUCCGGCGUACACCGAGCACGACAACGCCCGCCAGGCUGCGGACACGGGUUCGCAGUCCAAUGUCAAGGGCGACGACCUCGUCACUGCUCCGGGCCCCGUCCCUGUUGACGACAACGAUGAGCAGGUCGUUGGCCCGAUCGAGCCCGCCCAGGAUGACAAGGCGUCCGUCCAGACUGGCCAGACCGGCCAGUCGGGCAGGAGCAGCAAGAAGAACAAGAAGUAA